GAGUGCUCUGCCCCGUCUCCAGAAAAAAGUUUCAAGGGUCCUCUGCUGACGUGCUUUCAAUAAAGUACAGGAAUGGCUUCUGGAGAUGCUGAGAUGGCUGCCUUUGGGGAGGCAGCUCCCUACCUCCGCAAGUCAGAAAAGGAGAGAAUCGAGGCCCAGAACAAGCCCUUYGAUGCCAARUCAUCAGUGUUUGURGUGCAUCCUAAAGAAUCYUUUGUGAAAGGAACAGUCCAGAGCAGRGAAGGAGGGAARGUCACAGUCAAGACUGAAGGUGGAGAAACUCUGACCGUGAAGGAAGACCAAGUCUUCUCCAUGAACCCUCCCAAGUAUGACAAAAUCGAGGACAUGGCCAUGAUGACCCACCUCCAUGAGCCCGCUGUGCUGUAUAACCUCAAAGAGCGUUAUGCAGCCUGGAUGAUCUACACCUACUCGGGUCUCUUCUGUGUCACUGUCAACCCCUACAAGUGGCUGCCGGUGUACAACCCGGAGGUGGUGUUGGCCUACCGAGGCAAAAAGCGCCAGGAGGCCCCUCCGCACAUCUUCUCCAUCUCUGACAACGCCUAUCAGUUCAUGUUAACUGAUCGCGAGAAUCAGUCAAUCCUGAUCACCGGAGAAUCYGGGGCAGGCAAGACUGUGAACACCAAGCGUGUCAUCCAGUACUUUGCAACAAUUGCAGCGAGUGGGGAGAAGAAGAAAGAGGAACARKCYGGCAAAAUGCAGGGCACGCUUGAGGAUCAAAUCAUCAGCGCCAACCCCUUGCUGGAGGCCUUUGGAAAUGCCAAGACCGUGAGGAAUGACAACUCCUCACGCUUU